GAUAUGUGACGCAACAGACGUUGCAUAAAUUUCGGCCCCGCCGAGCCGGAGCGUUCAGAGGCGGCUGGCAUUUUGGGGGCCUGCUGUUCCGUGGUGGGGGUGACUCUGCGUCGUUGAAUUCGCACCAUCUUCGAAUUCGCUCACAGGUCAAAAUGCAGAUUUUCGUGAAGACCCUGACCGGCAAGACCAUCACCCUGGAGGUGGAGCCCAGUGACACCAUCGAGAACGUGAAGGCCAAGAUCCAGGAUAAGGAAGGCAUCCCCCCCGACCAGCAGAGGCUCAUCUUUGCAGGCAAGCAGCUGGAAGAUGGCCGCACUCUUUCUGAUUACAACAUCCAGAAAGAGUCGACCCUGCACCUGGUCCUGCGUCUGAGGGGUGGUAUGCAGAUCUUCGUGAAGACCCUGACCGGCAAGACCAUCACCCUGGAGGUGGAGCCCAGUGACACCAUCGAGAACGUGAAGGCCAAGAUCCAGGAUAAGGAAGGCAUCCCCCCCGACCAGCAGAGGCUCAUCUUUGCAGGCAAGCAGCUGGAAGAUGGCCGCACUCUUUCUGAUUACAACAUCCAGAAAGAGUCGACCCUGCACCUGGUCCUGCGUCUGAGGGGUGGUAUGGAGAUCUUCGUGAAGACCCUGACCGGCAAGACCAUCACCCUGGAGGUGGAGCCCAGUGACACCAUCGAGAACGUGAAGGCCAAGAUCCAGGAUAAGGAAGGCAUCCCCCCCGACCAGCAGAGGCUCAUCUUUGCAGGCAAGCAGCUGGAAGAUGGCCGCACUCUUUCUGAUUACAACAUCCAGAAAGAGUCAACCCUGCACCUGGUCCUCCGUCUGAGGGGUGGCUGUUAAUCAUUCAGUCUUGCAUUCAUAAUGCCCAGUGAUGGCCACUCUGCUCUCUAGCUAUUUGCCCCAAUUUAAGAUAGUUUCAGUAAUAGCUGAACUUGUUCAAAAUGUUAAUAAAGGUUUUGUUGCAUGGUA